AUGGCACAGAGUGGUGCCCUGCUCGACGAGGAGCUCUCGCAGGCACACCCCCAGUCUGCGACGGGACGACUGCCCACCUCGUGGUACACAUCUCCCGCGCUCUUCCAGCUCGAGCGCCGGGCGAUCUUCUCCCGCCAGUGGCUGCUCACGACCCACUCGUCACGCUUCUCCAAAACCGGGGAUUGGGUGCGAUUGGAUCUUGCCGGCUUCAACAUCAUCUUGAUCCGGGACAAAGACGGCACGGUGAAUGCCUUUCACAAUGUGUGCCGCCAUCGGGCGUUCCCCGUGGUCACCGAGGACCGCGGCACGUCCCGAAUCUUCUCUUGUAAAUACCACGGCUGGUCGUAUAGUCUCAACGGGAAACUGGCCAAGGCGCCUGGAUAUCAGGACCUGACCGGCUUUGAUAAGAGCAAGAACGGCCUUCUCUCGAUCCAUGCCCACACAGAUACCCACGGGUUCAUCUGGGUGAAUUUGGACGGGGCAGAGACACCCGAGAUGGCCUGGGAGGAGGAAGCGCAUGGAGUGGACCUGGCGGCCCAGUUGCACGGCGCUUUCCACGCGGAGGAAUACCGGUUUGACCACGUCCUGGAGACAACGGGGGAGUUCAAUUGGAAAAUCUUGGCGGGCAACUAUGACCGAGCCACGCGAGGGAUCUGCGCUGGUCGGACGGGCGAUCCUCUGCACCGCGCCUCGGGCGCAGAUCCCAGCUCGGCAGCGCCGUUGGAUGCGGAGACGAAAGAGGAUGAACAAGGAGAAAACAGCCUGGCGGCCGCCUCCUUCUUCCCCAAUACAUCGGUCAUGGUCAUGCCCAGCGCUCUCCUGAUUGAACGCUGUGUGCCGACCGCGUCCACGACCACAUCGAUGCGCUUCGAGGUGUUCCGCAAGGACGGGGCCACGGACCAGGCGAUUGAUCAGAUCGACGCGCGUCUCCAGCGCACUCUGGCCGAGGAAAGACGGCUCUUCGAAGCGACUCAAACCCACCUCGACGCGAGCAAGUCGUCGUCUGGCAGUGAACCGUGGGCGACACUCUUGGAGACGAGUCCCCUGAACUUUGCCAGUCAGGUCCGCGACCUGAUGACCGAGUUUCGCCACAGGGAAGAAAGUGCCGGUCAUGAGAUCUGGCCGUCGCGGCAGAUCCUUCCCACGGACGCGACGACCAGCCGCGGGGAUCUAGACUUCUGUGCUCGGCUGCAGGCGCCGGGCCAGACCGAUGGAGACUGCGCGACGCUCGAGCCCGGCUGUCACGGUAGUGCAGCGUGUCAGUCGGCCAACCCGGCACUGGCAUACUGA